UGUAUGGCAAUUGGCAAACAUUUGCCUGUGCGGUGUAUUUUAGACGACAAUGGCAGGACAAUGAAAAGGAGUCCAGUGUCCAUUAGAUUCAUCGAGGGACAACGCAAGUCGGUGCAGCUGGUGUGUGGCAGCUAUGCCUAUGCCAAGAACAACAAGCAUGGCGCCACCAUCUACUGGAACUGUCGCAUACGACGCCACGGGCAGGAGCCGUGCAAGGCUCGCCUCUCCACCACAGAGCACCCCAAUGGCCAGUACACAGUGCAUCUCACGCGACCCAAACACAAUCAUCCGCCCAGCAAGCGCAUCAAGCGUUUACUCAACCAGAAAGAAUCUCAAAUCGCAGACACUAAGCCUAGAUCAUAAGCAGAAAAUAUAAACGGCAAACAGCA